CAGUUAACCCGGCGUUGAGUGACCGAGAAGCGUGGAAGAGCCCAUUAUGUAGCGAAGGGCGUAGGCAGUUAAAAUAGUUUUUUUUCCCGCUCUUUCCCUCGGAACGCUGCCAGGAAGUUGUGCCUCAUUUUGGCUCCAGCACCCUGGGGUCUCUCUCUUGAGACAGGGCUUCAGUCAUCAUCGCCGUGACCCCCCAGGAACAGUCCCCGGUUCCCCUUGUUGCAGCACAGAGCAUGGUGAAACUAGCUGCAAAGUGCAUCCUGACAGGUGACUCAGCAGUAGGGAAGAGUGCCCUGGCCCAGAUGUUCUGCAAUGAUGGAGCUCAUUUCCAGAAAAACUACACACUGACGACGGGCGUGGAACUGUUGGUGAAGACUGUAUCUGUUCCAGAGACAAGUGAUAGUGUGGAACUCUUCCUUUUUGACUCAGCGGGGAAAGAACUAUUUUCUGAGAUGAUGGAGAAACUGUGGGAGCAGCCCAAUGCCCUGUGUAUUGUGUAUGAUGUCACCAAUGAACAGUCUUUCAACAACUGUGCCAAGUGGCUGGAGAAGCUGAGAGCACAGACACUUGGAAUGCACCUUCCAGGUGUUUUAGUGGGAAAUAAAACAGACCUGAUUGGUCGACGAGUUGUGGAGCAGAAACAGGCACAGGAGUGGGCUGAGAACCAUGGCCUACAAUACUGUGAGACAUCAGUGAAGGAGAUGGAGAACAUCGAAGCCCCAUUCCACAUAUUGGCAAACUCAUUCCACCGACUGUACAGAGAGAAAGUGGAAACCUUUCACUCACUAGUGUGAGGGCCUUGGGUAUAGCAACUUGCUUAGCCCCUGUGGGGUAUCUUUUAGUCUGGAAACACCCUGAUGCCUAGAAUCCCGCAGACUGGAAGAUGGAGAGAAAGUGAGAGAUGAGAUUUUUUUUUUCCCCCCUUGUGACCAUUUCCUGACCAUUCAGAUUAAACCGGAAAUAAAUAUGGGGAAAGGCAGCCUUUCUGAGGUUGA